AUGUCAAGCUCUAAAUGCGAAAUCAAAGUCGAAUCGUCAGGCGAGGCUUUUAAAAAGAGAAACCUGGCGUCUCAAAUCAUCUCGGAAUACUUAGGUAGUUUAGGUAGUUUAAAACGUGACGUCCUAGCUGUUAGUGAACCAACAUUAAUAAAAACAUCCUUCAGCACAGAUUCGGAAAUUAUCAAAAAAGCCUUUGGCAACUAUAUAAUCAUUAUUCGGAAAGAUCCUCCGUCUUCAGAAGCGUUACUAGCGGAGAUAUGUGAAGCCACUGUGAUCCUCUGUCUUCACGUGUGUAGAAUCCUCUGUGUUUCGACAUAUCUUUCUAAAACUAAAACUCUUUCCUUUGUUGGACCAUCUUCUGUUUUGGCAUUAUAA